AUGGGCAUUGGAUUAGAUCCCCUUCGGCCUCCGACUUGGAUAAAGGAAGUGGAGAUGAUAUUUGAGCUACUUGAUAUCACAGAACUGCAGAAGAAGAAGGAAUGUGAGCUUCUUCAAUUGAAGCAGGGUUCUAACCCAUUAUCUGAGUAUGUUCAAAAAUUUCAAGAGCUUUCGAUAUUUGCUCCUCAUGUCGUGGAUACAAAUGAACAUAAGGCUCGACAGUUUGAGAGGGGGUCAAGUCCCCACAUCCAGGCUAGCAUUAUCAUUUUGAAAUUACCUACCUACAAAGAUGUGCUCGAACGGGCUAGGAUGUUUACUGGGUGUGGUACAGGAUCACCUCCUAUUGAGGAUAGAAGUCAUGGGAAACGUCCACAAGCUCCAUCUAAUGCUCGAUCUACUCCUUUCCAAAAACAACAGAGAUCUAGAGAUGACCAACAAGCUUCUAUGGUUGUUUGUCCCAAGUGUGGGAAGUCACACCGAGGUCAGUGCUUACUUGGGGUUAAUGUUUGUUUUAGAUGUGGAUUGCAUGGCAUAUGGCUAGAGAUUGUAUGA